AUGGCAACCACCGACCCAGAGAAACGGUCCAAGAAGACCAAGACCGAGGCCGAAGAUGCGCCAUCACAAUCCCCCGAGUCGUCCAAGAAGCGCAAAUCCACCGCCGCCAUCGAGGAGAUCGAAGUCGACCUCGAGGCCCCGGAACCCCCCUCCAAGCGCGCCAAGCGUGCCCUGAAGAAGGGCAAGAAGCUGCCCGUCAAAGUCGACAGCGAUGACGAGAGAGAGGCCAAGAAGAAGGAGGAAAAGGAGCAGGCCAAAGCGGCCGCCCGCUCCGAGCACGGCGUGUGGAUCGGCAACCUGCCAUUCUUCGUCACCGCCGACGAGCUGCGCAAGUGGUUGAUUGACAACUCGGGCGAGAUGAUCACCGCGGAGUCCAUCACGAGGUUACACAUGCCCACGACGAAGCAGGCAGGCAAGGACAAGCCCUCCAACAAGGGUUUCGCCUACGUCGACUUCAACGACGUCGCACCCAAGGUCGCCGCCGUCGCGCUCACCGAGUCCGAGCUGAGCCGUCGCAAGCUCCUGAUCAAGGACUCCAAGUCGUUCGAGGGGCGGCCAAAGAAGGAGGACGAGUCCGCUGCCGCCGCGGGCGCGGGUGGCGCCGCGGCGGCCAAGGAAGAGGUGCCCAAGAGCAGCAAAAUCUUCAUCGGCAACCUGAGCUUCAAGACAACCGACGACGACGUGUGGCAGCACUUUGAAAAGUGCGGGCAGAUCGACUGGGUCAAGGUCGCCACUUUUGAGGACACGGGCAAGUGCAAGGGUUACGGCUGGGUCAAGUUCCGCGAGCCCGAGGCGGCCGGCUGGGCCGUCAAGGGCUUCGUCAAGAUUAAGGAGGAGAUUGAGACGGAGGCCGAUUUUGUCGCGUCCAAGGGCAAGGACGGCGACGACGACGAGAUGAAGGAAGAAGGAGACGGCGACAAGGCGGAAGAAAAGAAGUUCAAGCUGAGAAAGUGGUGGGUUAACAAGCUGCUCGGUCGCAUGCUCAAGAUCGAGCUCGCCGAGGACGACCAGACGAGGUACAAGAAGCGGUUCGGCAAGGACGCGCCCAAGAGGCAGCAGGAGCAAAAGUCCAGACAGGACGGCGAGGAGGGCGGCGCGGAGGACGCGCCCGAAGAGAGGAAGCCGAGAGCGCCCCGGCCUCCGAAGACGGAGAAGCCGAAGGCUGCAGCGGGCGAGCUCAAGGCACAAGACGAUCUCAUGGUUGCGCGGUUGACGGGUGCGGCCGCGAAACAUACCGGUACCAAGAUUACGUUUUAG